AAAGUUCAUGUCUUGACUUUAAUACCGAAACAAAUUUGAAACGUUCCAGUCUGAAGUGUGGAGCUAGCUCGAUAUAACUGUCAGUCUGUAGGUGUAGAAAUUUAUAUUUGUAAUUUUCACCGGUUUUCAUGUGCAAUUUCCUAAUGUGUUAGACUUUAAACCGUUAUUGCUUGCGAAAUAAUGUUAAUUAGUGUAUGUGGUGUUUAAAUCUGUGCAAAAAUGGAUGACGGUUCCGUGAAGAUCCAGUCUGGAAUUAACAUCAACAUCAAAAGAACAGAUGGGCGAAUACACUCGGCGAUAGUGUCUGGUGUGAACCUCGAGACGCGGUCGGUGACGGUGGAAUGGUACGAGCGGGGGGAGACGAAGGGCAAGGAGGUGGAGAUAGACGCCAUCCUUGCCCUGAACCCCGAGCUCGCCGGCACCAGACAGCACACGCCGCACCUCCAGCCCAUGCCCAACAAACUGGCCAGGGAUAUGACACGGCAGUCUAUACCGGUGGCAACAAAAGCGCCGUCAUCCCGCGUCACCCGCAACAACCAGAUGCGGGUGUCGAACGCGGGGGGAGGGGGGGCGUACACGAACGGCCACGGCGACACCACCGGCCGCCGCGGCGCAGAGAACGUGCCCCCCGCGCCGCAACCCGCACCCAACUCCAGGGUUACGCAACAGUUCGGCGUGGGCGGUACGCGAGGCGGCGCUGCUGCGGGCGCGGCGCCGGCGGCGGUGUCGAGCACCGUGUCGGUGCCGCACGCCGUCGCGUCGGGCGCCGUGCGACGGUCCAACGUGGUGAAGGAGGUGGAACGACUGAAGGAGAACAGAGAGAAGAGGCGGCAGCGGCAGGCUGAGUUGAAGGAAGAAAAGGAGGCCCUCAUGAACAUGGACCCGGGCAACCCCAACUGGGAGUUCCUGGCCAUGAUCCGCGAAUACCAGAGCAGCAUCGAGUUCCGGCCGCUGACGGGCACCGAGCCGGUAGAGGACCACCAGAUCACCGUAUGCGUGCGCAAACGGCCGCUCAAUAAGAAGGAGUUGAAUAAGAAGGAGGUGGACGUAAUCAGUGUACCAACCAAGGACCAGAUGAUAGUGCACGAGCCCAAGAACAAGGUGGACCUCACCAAGUACCUCGAGAACCAGAAGUUCCGCUUCGACUACGCCUUCGACGACACCUGCACCAAUGAAGUUGUUUACAAAUAUACAGCCAAGCCGCUGGUGCAGACGAUAUUCGAGGGCGGCAUGGCGACGUGCUUCGCGUACGGACAGACCGGCUCCGGCAAGACGCACACCAUGGGUGGUGACUUCCAGGGUAAGAUGCAAGACUGCAAGAAGGGUAUAUACGCGAUGGCGGCGCGCGACGUGUUCGCCUACCUCAAGUCGCCCAAGUACAAGCCGCUCAACCUCAUCGUAUCGGCGUCGUUCUUCGAGAUAUACUCCGGCAAGGUGUUCGACCUGCUAGCGGACAAGGCGAAGCUCCGCGUGCUGGAGGACGGCAAGCAGCAGGUGCAGAUCGUGGGGCUGACGGAGAAGGUGGUGGACAACGUCGACGAGGUGCUCCGUCUCAUACAGCACGGCAACUCCGCCCGGACGUCGGGACAGACGUCAGCGAACUCGAACUCAUCCCGAUCUCACGCGGUAUUCCAAAUCGUCGUCCGAUCGCCAGGCGUUCACCGAGUGCAUGGGAAGUUCUCCCUCAUCGAUCUCGCGGGGAACGAGCGAGGCGCCGACACGUCGUCGGCUAGCCGUCAGACGAGGAUGGAGUCAGCUGAGAUUAAUAAGUCGUUACUGGCGUUGAAGGAGUGUAUACGUGCGCUGGGACAACGCGGGAAUAAUCAUUUGCCGUUCCGCGUGUCUAAACUCACACAGGUUCUCCGCGACUCGUUCAUCGGCGACAAGUCCAAGACGUGCAUGAUAGCCAUGAUCUCGCCCGCCAUGUCCUCCUGCGAGCACUCCCUCAACACGCUGCGGUAUGCUGACAGAGUGAAAGAGUUGGGCACGUCGGACGGCAGUCGCGCGCGCGCCGAGUCGCCGCCCGCUGACGUCGAUAUGGAGCCAGCACAUGAUCUCGCACAUCUCAGGAGUCUUAACGAGAGCGACAUGUCGGCGGAGAUGUUCACUUUCCACGAGGCGAUAGACGAGCUGCAGCGCGCCGAGGAGGAGGUGCUCGACAACCACAAGGCGAUCUCCGACUACAUGCUGCACACGCUGCAGCGCACGGCGGACCUGCUCGCCGUCACACGCGACGUCGACUACGACCAGGACGCGUACGCGGCGCAGUGGGAGGAGCUACUGAACGAGCAGCUGGUCGUGUUGGCGCAAUCGCGCGAUCUGGUGGCCGAGUUCCGAGCUAAGAUGGCGCAGGAGGAGCACAUCUCGCGCCGCAUCCAGCCGCGCCACUAGCCCGCCUCGAGAGGUGUCGACGUGCAAGCCCCGCCCCCCGAGAAAUAUACGGCGGACGUGUUGUGUCAUGCUUUCUCGCUCGCACAUACAGCAAACACGCGAGAGCGAGCAAGCCGCGUCCUCGAAACAAUUACGGCGGCCAUGUUGUAUCAUGCUUGCUCGCUCGCACAUAAAGCAAGCAUGCGAGAGCGAGCAAGUUGCGUCCCCGAGAUAAUUUCGGCGGCCAUGUUGUAUCAUGCUGCUUGCUCGCACAUAACGCGUAAGCACCGUGAGCGAGCAAAUAUGACGUAAAACAAUUGCUUACUAAAUAUGUGGAAAAUACAGUCGCUAGAUAUUAUGUUUUGUUUCUGCAAUUGAACGAGUUAAUAAGUACUGGAUUGUCAUUGUGUAGUGGCAUUUUAAAUUUCGAAUAUGCUCUCUUUUUAUUUCAAAAUUACUCCUUUCGUUUAAAAAAUUGUAUGCUAUUCUAAAAUUGUCUACUUUUUGAGCUACUAAAUGUUAUGUCGCAUAUAAUUUACUUUAUUCACUUUUUAUUAACGCCUCUAAGAAAUGGCCAUCACAAAUCACCUUCCUGUAAAAAAUGUUUGUCUAUUGUUUAGUCUUUACUUUAUUAAACAUAGUAAUAGUAGGGGAGGGGAAGGUGCUAAUUGUAUAGUCUCGAGCGUCAU